ACCGCUGGUAUAAUCAUGUACAAUGGCCUCCCACCAAUCUUCUCCGUGUUCCCCCGGUACGCUGAGGGCUCAGUCAUGUUCUUCACUGUCUGCAAGACGCUGGCUUUAGCUGGUGCAGCAUUUGGUUUCUCUAUUGACUCAAAGAUAGAGUUACCAAACCCAACAUUUUCACCGCUAGCUCAAGGAGACAAGUAUCCCAUUUUAGACUCAAGUUUAAGUCCAAAGAUAAUAAAAGCUUUCUACGAGAUCAACUUCAUUCCUGUUGCCAAGCCGAAUGAAUACCAAAACCAAGUAGUAGCGCUCGGGAACAAACAUUGCCCUUAUUCAAAAGAACUGUGCAAAUACGUUUACUUCGUCCCUUCGAAGAUAUCGACAGUACAAAAGGUCGAGGAGAUAAUCGAGAACAACAAGAACAACGAGGUCCCUGUCAUCCAGGGCCUUUUAAGUGAUGCUGAAGCUAAGAAAUUCAUGAAAGAAAUUAACGACACUGUCCAUAGCCAAGUGAACAAAGUCGUCGUCACAUCGAACAAAGUCGAUAGAAAUGGAAAUGGCUCGGAUGUGCCUGUCUACCAAGGGACUGUCCAGACACAAGAUGUUCUGAAAAAGCCAGAAUACCCAACAUACUAUUCUCCACCGCCGAAGCCGUACUAUCCUUCGACCAACAGGCCCCACUACCAAUGGACGGACUACAGCGGAUGGAGGAACAACCCUUGCCUUCAAGGUCCCUGCCAAUGGAGAGCUGCAUUCCCAACUCUGUCUAUUCCAAAUUUAUGAAAAUAUAUUCAUAUUAAAUUGAAAAUAUAUUAAAAAUUAAAUCAACAACAGGAUACAUUAA